AUCCACACAACUUAUCCAACCUUAUUGAGAGGUCUUACAUCAUUCCCACAACCUCUCAUUCGAACUCACAGUUGCUUGAGAAGAAGAUAUAUACACACAACACAAAAAGAGAGGCGGAGAGGACUGCUAGCCGCACAGUUGCAAUUUUUGGAUUGUUCACUUCAUAUCUCAAGCAUCACUUACCUAAAUUGGGCGUGUGAGGUGUCUAAAGAAAGCUCUCAAGAAGAGGAUUCUGUGAAAAUGAAGGUUGCUAUGAAAGGUGUAGUGGAAGGUCUCCAAAUUGGCGUAGAGAAACACAAACUCGCAAAAUGGUUUUUCUUCUUUAAAGUAAAACUAAUCAUUGCUCCAUCUGGUGGAUUUGCAAUUGACUCCUCCCUCGGGUGAGUAAAGGAAUUGAACAUUGCUAUGUCCUUAGGGUUAGAUGUCCUUUCAUCCUCUUUUUGAAUGUCAUAUUUUUCUUCUAUCUUCCAUUUUCCUAUUUCGUUUAUUUUGUAAUUGACAUCAUUUUUCAGUUUUAGUUUUCUGAAACUGGUUCUUUGACAUUUCACAAUUUACUUAAACAUCAUUACAAUUUUCCAUUUUCCUAAUAUGUUUUGGGGAAUGGCAUUUUUCAUUGGUGGGUGAUAAAUUGCUCCUCACUAAAGUCUUCACUUUUAAGCUUCCCUUUGGUAUAUAGGGUUUCAUUUAAUAUCUAUCUUAGCUUUCUCUCAUUAGAGAACUUCGAGCACAUACUUUUAAAUUUUGAAUGAUGUCUGAAACAAACAGUAGUGAGAAGUUCCUUAUACUCGGGUUUAGUCUUUCUCUAAGAGAUGUGAGUUUUCAGGCCUUUCAUGUUUCGGUAGACAAUUACCUUUAAUAGAAAGCUUUGCGAUGUUAAUGAUCGUAAAGGGAAAUUGUUGGAAAUCAUGGGUGUUUGAUGGUGACAUUCCUUUUUACGCAUAAAUCGUUGUACGUUGCAAUUUUGAAAUCCAAUAAAAAUAUAUGGUUUAAAGUUCAUGAUACACGAUGACUAAGGAAAUCCAAAAAAGUUACUACCUCUGGGCUCCGUCCCCCCUAAUAUUAGGACAGAAGAAAGUGGCGUGGUUUUUAAGAAAAGUAAAAUUAUGUGAUUUAUAAUGAGUUGAUAAAGUGAGAAUAAAAUAAGAAUGAAUUAAAGUCACACAAAUGUUACCAAAUAUGGUAUGAGACAAUAAUAAAGGGGACAUCCAGAAAUGAAAAAAUGGGACAACUAUAGAGGACGAACGGAGUAUAAUUUAUAAAAAGGCAUUGUUCACUAUGCAGUCUUCAAUAAUUAAUAGUGUGUUUAUUAAAAUUCUAAUAAUAUUUAUUUAUAAUUACUAUCUGUGAUAAAUAAUAUUAUAAUUUUUGAACACAUCUACAAUAUUUGCUUAUUACAUCCCGUGCAACGCACGGGUGAAAUACUAGUGUACUCUAUAAUACAUUCCGUAUAAGAUAUACUACCUCCGUCUUGCUAUGAUUGUCUCAUUUUACCUUAUCGGUCUGUCCCACUAAGAUUGUCUCAUACCAAAUUUGGUAAAGUUUGUGUGGCUCUAAAUCAUUCUUAUUUUAUUCUUACUUUGUCAAUUCAAUAUCAACCACAUAAACCACUUUUUAUUAAUUUGUGUGUCACUCCCUCUUGCCCCAUUGUUAGCGGGACGGAGGGAGUAUCUAUUAUUAUCUAAAAGCAAAAUGUUUUUGGCGGUGGAGUUCCCGCUCAAAACUAUCAACAUCAAUUUAGACUACUUAAUAAGUUGCAAAAAAUUGUGAAAAUAAAGAUGUAUUCAUGAGUUUUCAAUGGUGGAAUAAUUUUAUGCGUAUAUAUUUCGUAUAGAGAUUUCCUAUAGAUAUAGUGAUGAUGUUGAUUACACAUGCCCAUGCUGACGGGAUAUGUACAGUGAUGUUGAUUACACAUGGUCACAUAUUCAAAUGCCCAUGCUUAGGAAUAAUAUACGAACGGUGAUGUUGUUUUAAAAAGACAAACAUCUUGAGAAAGAUUUACAAAGCCCAUGCUAACCAACCAUUCCAGCUCACUGGGUGGAAGGUUACCGUGUCCUAGCGGAGGUCUCGGGUUCGAAUCCCGCUAGGCACAUUUAGGGGAGAGGAGGGAGGUCUUGCUCCCAAUGAUUCUUCCUACCUUUACGGAGUUGCUCAGCGACUGAGAAGGGAGAGGAUGGUAAUGAAGGUAGCGGGUUCGUGUGGUGGGAGGAGCAGCCUGAAAGGUGAUGUAAGUCCUGCUGGAUUCGUCCUUUGGAGCCAGUACUGACGAGGCUGACUGUGAUCAGAUCCGGACUUAACUGUCUAGGGGCUUUGGAGGGUAGUUCAUAGACUCCAGGAUUAUGAGAGCGUAAGCUCCGACACCUGGAUUAUCAAAAAAAAAAAUACAAAGCCCAUGCUUUGGAGUCUGGGAGAUGACGUGCAACUUUGGAGAAAAAGAUGAGCUACUACAUAUAAAAAUGAAUAUUUUAUGCGUGUAGUUUACUCAUUCAACUUUUUAGGUAACAUACAGUAGUCGCAAGUUACCCAUACAACAUUACGUCUGUUUUUAGGCAACCAUAUUCUUGAAUGCAAAAUUUGGCUAUAAAAGCAUACUUCUAUCAUGGAUUCCUCACACUUGCUCGCUGCACAAAGCUCUCAUUGCAAACUCUAGAGUUUUUUUCUCAACCAUUUUACUCCUGUAAAAAAUAAAAGAAAACAGUGAUUGUGUUACUCAAAAAUCAUUUGUGGGGAAAUUGAUUACAAAGAAGUUUAUUGUAUGAACAAUAGUCUUUAUACUUUGAAUGUAGAAACAGUCUUUAUACCUUGGUUUGUGCGAGUGUGUGUGAAUGUGAGUUAAGUAUUCAAAACAAAAGUGUGUGAAGUAUUCAUUUUCCCAAUUGAUUCCAUAUGACACUGCGCAUAUUCAAAGAUUUAUAUAGUGAACCACUUUUUUUAAUUCAAAUGUUUCAAAGAUUUCGUGUAAACUGUUUUGUUGGGUGAUGUGAUUUUAAACAACAAGAAUCACCUAAGGGGGGGAAUGCAAAAGAGAGAGAUCUAUUUGUCAUUAGAAAUUAUAAAUAAGAAAGAAGGAUAAAAAUAAAAUUCCCCUAUGUUGCUUUGUGGUUUGAAAAUCAGCUAGAAUAAAAUUCAAUGAAAUGUUUUUCUUCCAUUCAUCAUUAAAUGUCAUCUCUCAGUCUCUCGCAUACCAAAGUAAAGUUCAAAGAAGUGCCACAUUUAUUUAGGGAUAUUGAAGUGUUAUUGAUAGAAUAUAAAUUCUUAGAGAGAAGUGAGAGCUAGAGAGAGAAUGCAAUUAAUAUUUCUCAACCCCCCACAACUACUCCUAAGGGGAGUAUUUAUAGAGAAAAUAUGGGUUGGGACUCCCAAGUCUUGGGCUUGGGAGGCCCAUUACAAGAUAAAGUCUCUACUGGGCUGGAUAAAAGCUUUAUUUCGACUAAGUAUUAGAUCUAUCUCUGCCUUGGUCUCGUUGGACGACGGAGGACUAGGCCGACGGAGGGCCUGACCAACGGAGUACCAACGUUUUCUCCUGGGCUUCUGGACCAUAUUCUGGGUUGGUGGGUGUUUGGCUGAUGGAUGACCAUCUGACCGAUGGAGGACCGCAUAGGUGCCAGUUGUGUUCGUUUGUCUUCUGAGUAUGUGGGUCAUGGGGUCUGGGCCCAUGGACUCUAUUAGGAGCCCCCACUCUCUGAACUGAUAUGCAAACGAAGUGAAAGGGAGUAAAUCAUUUUUGUCUUGAUGCUUCUGGCCAGUGUUAGACCACACGUAGUUUGAUAUUGUGUUGUUUUGCUCUUUCCUUGCGCUUGGCUGUUGCGUGGCUAGUUGCUUUCUUUUGUUGAGGUCAUUGGUGUUCGUUUAGCGGCCGAUGAAUGUUCUUAUGCAUCCGUUGUAGAUCCCUUGUUUUGUUCUUGUGGACGAUGAGUGUCGUUGCUUUGAGGACGAUGUAUGUCCGCUAUUAUGGGGACGAUGUUUGUCCAUUGUUCUUUGAUUUCUUGUUUCUGUGUAUCAGCUUUAGCCAGAGAUGAACCACAUGCAUGUGGACGUUGUGAUGUCAAUGUUGUGGUUUCUGGGGAUGGACCAAAUGUUUGUGGACGUUGUGAUGCCAUUGCCGCAUAUUUGUUUUCCUUUGUCUUUUGGAUUUGCUUCUUUUCUAGAGUGUUUCACAUAUUUGGAGGCCGAUGCAAUCCCCCAGUCCCCCACUCCUUCAUGCCGAAGAGCAUGCUAGGUGUGAAGGAGUAGAAUAGUAUCCCAGGCCAAAGCGGAACCCUCGCAUUCCUCAUGAAGCCAAGCUCUUGGCGAUCCCUAACCAAUGUAACCCUGUGGGAGAACCCUUGAACGAAUGUCACAGGCCAGAGGCUAUCAUCGAUGGGUUCUGUACGAGGGGCGGAUGGCUUUUGGAUCUUACCUUAUUAUAGUUUGUGGCCAUUGAAGUGUCACUUGUGGCUAUUGAGUUUGUUUAUCGUGUUCAUGGCCAUUGUGUGGCACGCUGUAUGUGGCUGAUCUGGCCGGAGUGGGUGUGCUUUCUUGAGAAUUUGAAAGGUUAGCACCUGAUUGGUCUCGGGGGAGGCGAGCGUUGGUGUAACCAUUGGGAAUGUGCCAUGUGUAGUGACCGUUGGAGGAAACGUCUAUAAGUACCCCCCCAACUCCGAAGCACUUCACUCAUUUGCAUCUUGCUGAAUCACGAAGUGCUGCUGAAUUUUCAAGAGAGAUAAAGCUUCCUUCAAAUCUUCAAAGUGUUCUUCAAUGUCUAAGGUUAGUUCUUGCUUAGUUCAUCGUAUCUCUUAUAUACUUUGCAUCCCUGAAGGUUAGAUCUAGUGUUCGUAAGAGAACAUACUUAGAUCUAAACGAAACAACCUUAGGAAUUUUAUAGUUAUUAUGGUACCUAUUGACGGCCGAAGCAUGCCCUCCGACGUUGAUCUGACAGCUUCUUUAGACGAAGAGCAUUACCCCUUCGACGAGGAAGACACUUCCCCGCGUGUUAAGCUUAACACGGAAGAGGAUUUUAUCGAGGAGAUGGAGGACACUAGUGACUACCGUACUGAGGACGACGAAGGGUGUCGCAGUGGUGAAGCUUGCUCAACAUCGUCUGGCGAGGACAAGGGUGAUUCAGGUUCCCCACUCAAAGGGGAUGGAGCAUCGUCGUCGUCUGCUAUCCCAUGUCCUCCUCCUCUAUCUGCAAUUCAUGGAGAUGCUCCAAGGAAAAUGUGUCGGCGUCGGACGAGGAAGGGUUUGGGUCCAAGGCUCUCUCAGCUGGACCUUACCAACCUACAUCAUCCAGCCGCAAAGUUCGACGGAUGAGUAUCACGUUGCUCAAAUGUGCGUGGGGUCGUAUGAUCGGGUUAGGGCACCCAAGCCGAUGGACCACGUCCUUAGUCCACCUGUGGGGUAUUUCGGAAUAUACCCCAUGAGUUUCGCCAAAGGGCUCCGAGUUCCCCUUCAUCCAUUCAUCACAUUCAUCACAGAGUACCUGAUUAUGGUGGGUCUCUCUCCAUCCUUGUUACCUCCGAACAGUUAUUCUUUGAUCGUCGGGUUCUUGAUCCGGUGAUCGCAGCUUAACUUUAGGCCGACGUCGGCUUUGUUCAUGAACCUCUACCACAUAGGCCGAGGCAGCCACAAGAAUUGUGCCGGCUAUACUAACCUUCAGCAGAUAAAGAAUAAGAGAUAUUUCAAGGACCUCCCCUCGUCCAUGCACGGCUGGAAAUCAAAAUUUGUGUUUGUGAACUUGGGUGAGGGUGGAUUUUUCCCUUUGGUGAAUCACUCGGGGUUUUUCCAUUUACACGAGCCGCCGAAGAAUGCCUCUAUCGACGCCCAAGUAGCUAAGUUCCUUGAGAACGGGCCGAGGAGUGUCAAGAGUUAUACUCCCUCCGGUCCUAAAUAAAGUUCAGUGUUUGACUUCACACAAAUUAAGGAAAUAAAUUUGACUUUACCGUAGAGUACACUGUUGUGACAUUGUUUGGCACUGUUUGACAAUGUUUGGCACCGUUUGGCACUGUUUUGCACUCUUUUGAUGUAGAUAAUUUGCCAAAUAAGGAAGGGAGAAGAAGUGUGAACUUUAUUUAGGACCGGCCCAAAAAGGAAAGUGUGAACUUUAUUUAGGACCGGGGGGAGUAUUACGGAGUACAAGAUGGACGCCAUCGGCUUCGUUAGGUACUUCAUCCCAGGGGAUCCAGAUUACGGAUGGCAAUGGAGGUGGGGGGCCGUGGGGAA